AUGGAGGGAAUCUCCGAGGCGGUGGCUGCAAUUGAGCAUGAGUUGGACGAGAUCGCUUCACGGUCCCAAAAGGUGAAGGCCGCGGUGCGACAGUUCUCGGCCAGCGCAUCUUCCAGCUUGGCGAAGAAAGCUCAGGAGCCUUUCACGAAUGGCGAGAGUUCGUCGCCCUUGGGUGAAAACCCGAAGGUUCCCAUCGCGCUGCAGAGGUUCUGGAGGGCGCAGCAGGAGCGCGUCGUGCCGGCGGGGUCCAACGUCGCCUCCAUCAGCACUGAGAAAAAGCGCAAGCUCUACUCCUUGUACGGUAUCUGGGAAGAGCUCAACAGCCGUGCGGAGGACGUGCAGAUGCGAUAUCAAUCGACGAGCAGGUCUCACAUGAACCUGUUCAUGCACGAGGAGGUGAAGAAGGAGAAGCAAGCAGAGCACGCACUGACGUGCCUGCAUCGGACGCUGAUGGAUCCACACUCCACAGCCCGACUGGUCUGGUCCUUCGUGGGGCUGCUUUGUGUUAUCUUCGACGCCUUCUCCAUCCCGGUGAUCGUGAGCUGGGAAAUUCCGAACUCGGAGGUCGAGUCGGUUCUAGUACCCAUGAUGCUCUACUGGACGGUUGACAUCGGCGCGAGCGCGCAGACAGGCUUUUACGAGAAUGGUCUCCUCGUCCAGUCGCCUGCGAGGGCAUUGACGCACUACCUGAGGACUUGGUUCCUAUUCGAUGUGGCCGUGGUGACGUUUGAUUGGGUCAUGUUGGUGCUCGAGGGUAGUACGACUUCAAGCAACUCGAUGGGCGUCGGCGGUCGAGUCUUGCGUGUGGCUCGUGUUGUCCGAAUAGUUCGGCUGCUUCGUCUGGUUAAGCUGCAGAACUUGCUGCAGGUCGUCGAGGAUUCUUUGGGCUACGCCUAUAUGCAAGGGAUGCAGCUGGUCGUGGCCGUGGCGAAGGCGCUGUUGCUGAUCGUCUUCUCUGUCCAUGUGCUUGGAUGUUUUUGGUUCAUGGUUGGCAAGACAAGUGAAGAGAACGGGCUGGAAAGCUGGCUCACCAGAUACAGCUACCACUCCAAGGGGCAGUCCGAACAGUACUUGGCCUGCUGCCACUGGAUCCUGGGUCAAUUUACACCAGCACCCAUGGCUAUCCAUGCGUGGAAUGCCACAGAAAGAGCGUACAACGUUUUCGUCAUCUUCUUCUCCCUGCUCGUGGUUGCAAGCUGUAUCUCCCGGGUCUCUGCAACGAUCCAGCAGGUGAUCAAGCUAAACUCGGAGGCUGGUGACCGAAAGCGCCAAGUGGCUAUGUAUCUCAAGAUCAACAAGAUCAGCUCUCACCUGUGCAUUCGAGUGCUGCGCUUUGUAGAUCACAGCUUGAGGAAGCACAAAGCGGCACCUUUGGACUCACAACUCCUCUCACAGACGCUGGUCAACGAGUUGCACAUGGACCGGCGCGGGCCAGUUUUGCGAAAGCAUGCGAUGUACAGCUUCCUGGAGCAGCUGUCGCAGCGUGCCUUUACCCAGCUCUGUGGACACCUAGAGCUGACCGUCUUCGAGGACAAAGAGAUCAUGUUUACGCGCUUCUCCGAGGGCCGUGGAAUGUACAUGCCUGGCCCGGGUCAGUAUCAGGAAGAAGUGGACAGUGAUGUCCUUAGCAUUACGCUGACCGAGUUCGAAUUCUGGGCCGAGAUCUCGCUGUUCACAUCCUUCCAGCACACCUGCACAAUGGUCUCCGUCCAGUUCAACGACACGUUUAUCCUCCCAGCUACGGCGUUGGCGAAGGCUAUCCAGGAGUUUCCAGAAUGCUGUGGCUAUGUGUAUCAAUAUGCGCGCUGCCUCCAGUCCAAGCUGAAUGCGGAGGAGUUCCUGGCAGAGGAGACACUGUCAGAGCCGGUUCGAAAGGAGUGCUGUGAAGCCACCGAUGCUUUCCAGCUCAAAAACCUCACGAAGGACAGGCUGCUACAAUUCUUCUUUCUGCCCAAGCCGUACCCAAGCGGAGCAGACACCAAGGAACUGAUACGCAAGGUUCUGAGCGGAGAACUGACCUCCGGCGAGGAGAUCAUAAAGGAGAUUGAAAGGCUCUUUCCAGAGCUGCACCAGACGCUGGGCACCCACGCGCGCUUCUCCUCCGAGAACGAGCGGCACCGCGCGCUGUCCUGCAUGCUCUGUGUCUUUUGGCUGGCAACGGACAGGCUUGAUGAGUUUGUCAAGAGCCAGGCACCCAACGAGCGUGUGACGAAAUUGAACUGGAAGAAGCUGCAGGAUUUCGUCACUGGGAUCGGCAUCCGGGACAAGAUCGAGUGGAUCCACGGCAUUCUGGUAUAUCUGGCUGUCAAAGGCCUUGGCCGCUCCAAGAACUUGACCUUGCAGCUCCCUAGCCAAUCGCAGCAGCCGGACGCCGCAGUGACGCGGCUGUUGGAAAGGAACCGCAAUGUCGUGCCAUCAGUGCUCCAGCUCGACGAGGGGAUUCUUGAGCUGCUGAUCUCAGUAUCGAGUAUGCACGAGUGCUUCAUGUUCGGGCAGUUCCUUCAGGCCGAGAACACCCCACUGAGCUUGCAGCUGCUGCAGCAGAAGGCUUUGGAGAACAAUGACGUUUCCGCCUACAAGCUUUUCCUCUUCUCCGCUCUGGCUAUGAUGACCGGAAUCGGAGCACGAGAAGGCUGCACUGGCUCUCCCUUCCUGAACGACGUUGCUUGCCAGAGCGUUCUGUUCGGUUUGGAGGCGCUCAGGCACCUGCAGGCGAGGACGUGCCAGGAGGUCUACUGGAGCUACUUGUGCAGUUGGGGUCUGAUGCUGGACCUGCCAAGCACCACCCUGGAGGACCUGGCCUUGCUCCGGUUUGCGUGCAUCUGCCGCACACGAGGGUACGAUGCUCUUCGCAGCGUUUUGGCGAGCUGGGCAAGCAUGGAUGCUGCCGACAGGGAAAGCAUCACCGAGUUCUUUCUUGCAGAUGGCAUCCACUAUCAUGCCUGCCUUUUCAGCUAUCUCCCGGACUGCUUCGCCCAUGCGCACAAGAACACGCGAGUGGGUCUGGACUCGAUGCUGACUCUCCUGGUCGAGCUGGUGGAAAUCACGUGGACCCAGCUGGCGGUAAGCACGCUGCCGCAUCAGGUCACGGUGAACCUUGCCGACCUUGCCUCGUUCACCAUGGCUGUUCGCUCUCGCAGCGUGUUUUUCUCCUGCUUGGAACAUGCGAAGAUCACCAACCUGGGUAGUGGACACUACGCCCUCAACAUGACCAGCAAGAAUUGGUCGAGAACCGAGGAGGUGUCCAACCACGACCUGGGUGUGUCCAGGACCUUGAGGAAGCUGGUGCGGAACACCCGCAUCGCGGCCUCCUCCAGCCGGCCGCUUUCGCAGAUGGCAAUCUUGGGCAUCGAGCGCUGUUGA